UCGUAGCGCUCGUAGCGGCCUGGUCUACGCUCCCCGCUACGAUAGUAUUGGCGUACAGAUCUUUCUCAAUUUGAAUCUGAGAUUUUAAAUGUAAUUGGACGUUUCAUUAGAAGUAUUAGUUAAAAGUAUUAUUAGAAACAGUGUUAAAUUAAUUAUUAGUUAAUUAAGUGUUUGGAAAAUACUCAUGGCAACAGAUUCAAUGAAAAGGAAAACAUGGGGUCAGCGUUCGAAUACAAAAUACUAAAACUGGAGUACAUAGUGAAACAGCGGAUGGAGUAAAUGUUGUUAGUGACAGCGUGGUUUUAGCCAUGUAUCGUAAAGUAAUAUAUGCGGCGGUGGCCGCGCUGACACUACAAAUAAUUGGUGCUGCGCGGCUGAUGUGUCCGAGUGACCCUAACUGCGUUUGCGGUGGCACGCUCGCCGUUGAACUCAAUUGCAACAUCGAUGGUCGGACAGUAAAAAUAAAUUUACUGCCAAAUAUCUACAUUAAUAUAAAAUGUGAGAACGCAUCGAGUCUCGACUACAGCAAGUUACCAAAAUGUGCCAAUAACAUGAGUUCGUUUAAAUCUGUCAGUUUUAAGGACUGUCCACUACCAGCAUCUUCGUUCAAAGAUGUUCUAUCUAAUAUGGGAGUAUCGAAGACUAUGGCACUGAUAUUCCAAAAUGCAAAGAACCUGUCUGGGUAUUUCGACAGGAAACAUUUUGCAGGGUUACAAGACUUGACAAAAUUACUUUUGUCUAUAAAUGGCAUCACUCAUCUUCCAGACAACUUGUUUAUGGACAUCAACAAGCUCACGUGGCUAAACAUAAGAUCAAACACAAUAAAUCUUUCCGAAGAGUUGUUCAAGCCACUGGAGAAACUGGAAACAUUAGAAAUUAGUCACAAUCACAUGACCAAUAUAUCUUCGAAUUUAUUUUCUCAUUUAUCUUUCUUGAGAAAACUUUCCUUGUGGCAAAGUAACGUCACCUGGUUUUCUAAAGAUCUUUUCACAGGCGUCGAUGUCCUCGAAGAAUUAGAUCUCAGUUCUAAUGGUCUUAACGAACUUCCUGCUUCAAUAUUUAAGCCCCUAAAGAAAUUAAAGAAAUUGACGUUAUUCUCGAACAAAUUUUUUUCGUUGCCACAGAAUUUAUUCAGAAAUAAUGCGGAGCUUGAAACUGUGGUGAUACUAAACAAUGACGUCAAACUGAAGGAGCUACCGAAAUACCUUUUUGGAGAUUUGCCAAAUUUGAAGCAAAUAUAUAUUCAGAGGAGUGGCCUGGAGAAUUUACCGUAUGACGUUUUUGCCAAUUCGCCAGUAAUUACGAACAUAUCAUUAGCAUACAAUGACAUUACAACCCUGCCGGAAGCCAUAUUUAAUGAUCAAAUAAAUCUCCUCGAGUUGGACCUGAGUUACAACCAGUUGAGCGAGCUAAAGCCUAAAUUGUUUUCAUCUCUAGUGAGAUUGGAAAGGCUUAAAUUAUGCCAUAACUCUUUGGUAGAAAUAUCUGGCCAAACCUUUUCGUCGCUACUUAGUUUAAUAUACUUGGAAAUGGAGCACAAUAAUUUGAAAACGAUUUCACCGUAUUUGUUCAGUAACAAUAAACAGCGAAUGUCAAUAUCUCUGGCUUACAAUCAACUUGACUUCGAGGACAAAGAGUUGACAAACAAUUCUUGGCUGGUGAAAAGGGCUUCGUCUUUUGCCCACACUUAUAAUUUAAAGCUAUUGAAUCUAAGUCACAAUGAAUUCAAAGUGGCUUUUGAGGACUGGUGGGUGAAUGGCCAUGAGAAUUUAGAUAUUAGUCACAAUAAUAUACAAAACCUUUGGACUGAUGAAAAAGCAUUGAAGGAUUAUCGUAACGUAAUGAAGAAAGGAAUGAAAAGUGUAUGGAUAUCGAAAAAUCCAAUCAACUGUGGAUGUGAGAACUAUUUGUUUAUGGAUUUUCUACUCUACUCGACCAGAACUAAGAUUGUUGACUUGCAACAUGUGCGGUGCCCUCUUUGGGCUAAGGAGGCCUGUUACAUGAGAUUCACAAUCCUCAUAACGCUAAUGACAGUCGUGAUAUCAAUUUAUACAAUUAUAUUAGUAGUGUUCAUCAUCUAUAGGAAACAAAUUAAUUCUAUUGUUAAGAAAAGACUCAGUACGUUUCAUCGUGCAAAUGCUCAAAGAAAAGAAAAAUCGUACAGAAUUUUAAUGGAUUUCUGUCAUCAAGAUGAAGAAUUUGUUAACAGAGAAAUGCUAUCAAUUAUGACAACCAACGAAUCUCUGCAAAUUCUGACGAAAGUGAUCACAGAUUAUAGAAACAGCGAAUUUAGAAUGUCGAAGAACUUCAAACGCUACGUAAAGGAUGUGAAAACGCGUGCUCGAGUCGUCGUGUUCUCCUCCAACUACCUAACGGAAACUUAUGGGCACAUCGACAUCAAGAAAAUCCACAGCGAGAUGUUGAAAGCGGAAAAAACCAUUUACAUUUUCGCUGAUAUCGGUCCGGAUAACUCGAUAUACGACUUUCUAGAGGAACAACGAGAUCUACGAACGACUCUAAAAUGGAAUGAGGAAAAUUUCUGGCCGAAAUUAUACGCUCUACUUAAAAGCUUCGUAUCAUCUGAUGAAUUGAAAAAGGUGGAGGAUACACUCAUCGUUCCCGGAGACUCGCUGGAGCCAUCAAAGAUAUCGCUGACGAACACGCCUGACUGGCCCAACAUGUACGAUUUCAACACACUGACACACAGUCAAGUUUAGUUACACUCCCUAUACUUAAUUUAGCGAGGUAAAGACUGACUUCUCCGCUACGAUGACAUCGGAACUCAAUGAUAGUUUUCGAAUCUUCAUUUCUUUUAUAACAUUAAUUUAAAAGUAGUUGAUACUAAAUACGAAUACUGCUUGUAUAAAAUUUUUAUAAAACUAUUUUAUCAUGUAAAAAUUAGGGUAAUGACUUAUUGUUUGUAACAGUAACUGUGAAUAGUAAGCGAACCCACUUGUUCGGUUUAACCAUGAGAUGCCUACUUCAAAGAAGUGUGUAUCACCGAGGACAGAGGCAAAAAUGUAACCAAUAUGUAAGCGUUUAUUUAAAGUAUGUGUACAUAAAUUUAAUGAAACAUUAUUAUAAACGAAAAACAUUACAGUUUCAUGGAAACUCCAUGUUGUUAAGAGUUGUAAACGCAGCUUAUAAUAAAACCUAUACUUUAACAACAA